GGUUGAAUAAAAUGAAUUAAGUGAAAAUACCAGGAAUGUGUUAACGCAAAUAUUAAAUACAAAGUAAAUAUAAAAAAAAACACGAUGCUCAGUUCGAGGUUCUGCACCUCCAUGCCCAGGAGCGGCGAUAACGUGACCCCCAACAACAGGAGCCGGGUGUCGAACACGACCCUCGGCCGGUGUUUAUCACUUCCCGAGGGUAAGGCGCAGCGGAGAGCUGGCAGUUUUCAACACCUGCGCUGCUGAUUUACCUCCGCAGCUCCAGACCACGGGGACCCCGUCCAUGUCAGGUUACUACCUCGGGAAGGCUAUAAAAAGACGCGGUGGCGCGUUUCGGAGAAGAGAGCGAUGAAGUCCAUGGUGAGGGUUGUGGCUGUGGCUGUGGCUGUGGCUGUGGCUGUGUGCUGGUCGCUGGCGUGGGCGCCGGCGGCGCAAGGCUACGACUUCCGGGAUCCACACUUCAUGUUUUCCAGACGAGAUGGUGCGCGCGGAGCUCGAGCAGUGGUCACUGGACGAGCCGGGCCGCCAAGCGCGCUCCGCCUUCCAGCAGGGACACAGCCGCGGCCGGGCGCAGCAGCUACACUGCUCUCCGCAGCCGCAGAUCGCGUGCUGUGGCGACACGCCAAUCUUCAGCGUGCGAGAGAGCGUAGUGGAGAUAAACACUAAGUGCCACAAGAAGUACGCUGCAGAAUCU